CCUAUUACUCUACUGAUGGAGUCAUCAGAUGCAAUGAAUCUCGCUUGCCUAACAGCUGGAUACUAUAGACUGCUGGUUGACUCAAGGCGCUCAAUAUUUAACGUGGCCAACAAGAAAAAUACAGUGAGCCGAGAAACAGGAACUGAAAAUAGAGGGAAGCAUAAUCUCCUUGCUUCUGAGUGGAAUUUUAUACCAAAAACUACCACUUUCCUGGCUGAAGGAGAUCAAGAGACUCAAAUGUCCUUUGCUGAUCCAAAACAGAAGACUGUAGAUGUUUCUGAAAGUCUGUUAUGUCAAAAAGAACACAGACACCUGUACAUAGAAAAUACUUAUAAUUCAGGUGGAUUUGAUCAGCAUCUGGCCAAGCAAAGUGACCCCACUGAAGCAGAAGAAAGCGGAAAUUUUAAUCAGCCUUCACUGCUGUCACUCUCAGGUUUGGAAUCUAGCAAGAAAGCACAGGAUUCUCCCAGGGGAGCAAAAGUUUCCUUUAUAUUUGGAGAUCACAACUUGGAUGGUAUCAAUCCCCAGACUCUUGGCUAUGAAAGGCUUUUGGAUGAAAGUCCAGAAGUACUAGAAAAACAAAGAGCCAUUUAUAUUAGUAAUGCAAAUGACAUUAAAGGCCUGGAGUUGUCACCGGAUGCUGAAAGCAUUCAGUUUGCUACAAAUUCUGUUUACGCAACUAUAAAUGAUAGUAAAAUAUUUGGAGCUGCGGAAGGGAUAGAAGAGCCUUUGCUACAUGAUAUUUGUUAUGCAGAAAACACAGAUGAUGCUGAAGAUGAAGAUGAAGUAAGCUGUGAAGAAGACCUUAUGGUAGGAGAAAUCAAUAGGCCUGCUCUUCUCAGCCUGUCUGGUUCUAGUGAUGACAUUAUUGAUUUGACUUCACUUCCACCUCCGGAAGGUGAUGAUAAUGAAGAUGAUUUCCUAUUGCAUACCUUAAACAUGGCCAUUGCUGCUCCUCCACCUGGCUUCAGGGACAGUUCAGAUGAGGAAGACUCUCAGAAUCAAGCACCACAGCCUAGAGACAACCAGGAGCAAGCCAGUAAUCUAGGCAAUGAUGACAUUCCAGUGUCGCUUAUCGAUGCUGUCCCUACUAACACAGAGGGGAAGUGUGAGAAGGGGCUAGAUGAUGCUGUAGUCUCUACACUUCAAGCGCUAGAAGCUUUGGCUGCUUCAGAGGAACAGCAGACGAAUGACAAUUCAGGUGUAGCUAUCCUGCGAGCAUAUAGCCCUGAGUCAUCUUCAGAUUCUGGCAAUGAAACAAAUUCCUCUGAAAUGACUGAAAGCUCUGAACUAGCCGCAGCACAGAAACAGUCAGAAAACACUGCACGUAUGUUUUUGACCACAAGUGAAGGCUACCAACCCCUUGUGGAAGAGCAGACUGAAUUUCCCAUCGCUAAGAAUCAGGCUGGAGGGCCAGGCAUGAAGCCCUCACAGCCUUUGGCUGGUCAUCAGGCUGCAGAGCUACAGUCAAAAGUUGUGCCUUCAAAGCAGAUUCUUCAUUCAGAUAACAUGGAAAUGGAGCCAGAGACCAUGGAAACAAAAUCUGUCACUGAUUAUUUUAGCAAAUUGCACAUGGGAUCCUUGGUAUAUUCUUGCACUAGUAAAAGGAAAAAUAAGAUGACAGACGGUGAAGUAAAAGCACCCUCUGAUGGCAAUGCUACUGUGAAAAAGCAACAGGGAACUAAAAAAGCAGAGACUGAUGAAGAUCUAAAAGCUAAAUUUGGAACUCUUUCAGCAAGAGACAGUCAACGCCUAAGCACUUUUAAUGUGGAGAGAACUGCCUUUCGCCAAAGAUGGUAUGCUGCCGAUGAGGGGGCAGCAGAUAAGCCAAGCCCAGAAACAGUGAACGGGAAGACUUUUCCAAGAGUUCCUGCCCUUGGUAAAACAGAAACUGACUGUAAGGAUGAAGUGGAUCCUGAGAUGGAUCAGGAUAAUACCUCGGGGCUUAGCCAAGGUGAAAACUUUCUGUCAGAUAUGACUCCUGUGUCUUCAGCCAAAGACCUAAAUGACACAGAAGAUACCGAUUUAUCUGCAGAUGACCAUCCUUCAAAGCUUCCAGAAGCUGAGCAGAGCGUGGCUAGACUUUGUGAAUAUCACUUGGCUAAGCGCAUGUCUUCUCUGCAAAGUGAAGGCCAUUUCUCACUGCAAAGCUCCCAGUGCUCUUCAGUGGAUGCAGGAUGCAGCACAGGCAGUAGCACGUGUGCUACCCCUGUUGAAUCUCCUCUUUGUACCUCUGAUGUUAAGCACAUUAUCUCUGACCCAUCAAUGAAGGGCAUUGGCUAUAUUCCAGCAGAUGAAAGAGCUGCCAUUCUUCCAAACCAUGGAACGACAUACAAGGACCUGCACCAGCAGCCUGAAGCCGUGUGUCACCGAAUGACAGUGCCUGUCGUGCAUUCAGCCAUUAAUGCUGAACCACUGUUUGGCACUUUGAGAGAAGGAUGUCAUCGGAUCCCCAAGAUAAAAGAAACUACAGCUUUCACAGAGCCUGAAAAGGGAAGACAAGGAGGCAUGCCUACAGCUUUUCCGAGACAGCCUCUAGCUGACUCCAUCAUGCUACCAUCCAUGCUAUCAGAAUCAAAGGUGCCAAGUCAAAAUCAAGACUCUUGUGACAUUCCCAAAGUAAAUCAGGGUUGUGGGGCAACAGUUAGUUUAUGGCCAUAUGACAUGAUAGGAGGAAGCCUCAGGAUGCCGCACAACAGGAAAGUGCUGAGACGCAGCAGCAGCAUCAUUGGAGAAUCUGCAGGCAUUGAAAUGCUGUUUGAAAAGAAGGCAGCUGCAGCCAGCUUGAAAUGCCUGGACAACACCCGAAGGGACGAAUCCAAGUCGGAGAGAAAAGUGGAACUCCCUCUGGGCAAAAAGCUGUCAAAAAGUUAUUCCCAGAGUUGUGUGUACGUCAGCACUGAUAGGAAGGACAGUAAGAGGUGUUCGGGCACCGGCGCCAGCCAGAAGGACUCCAAGCAGUGUCGAACGUUGCCCUUGCGGAAGCUAGACACCAGCGCCUGGAGGUGUCAUGGCCCCUUUAGCUAUUGUUUCUUAAGCAAAGGAAAUGAUGACGAUGAUGAAGAUGAUGGAGACAGCCAUCAGCUCCCGUGUCUCUUUGAACCACAGAUGCCGUGUGAGCUCGCAGAACCAGUUGGUCAGUCGUUUUCCAGUGAAAAUGAGCAGGAAGUCUUGGAGUCCCCGAAAGCUGCUGAGCCCCCACAAGAUGAGGCAGUCAACACACAGGAGAAGAACAGUGCUGACACUCAAGGUGGCCAAAUUGAUGUGAAUCUCAACGAUGUGGCCUUCGAUGCACGAAUCACACGAAUAAAUGUGAUGAAAGAGAAGACAUAUGCAAUGCCUGAUGGAUUUAUUGCAGCACAAAAGGAUGCCAAUGAGCUACUCUCACUGGUCCGAGCAAGUAUGGGCAAGAGAGAAGAUUUACAUCCAGAAACAUAUGACCUUAAACUUUCUAAGUACAAACAACUGUUAUCUAUGGAAUCAAGACAGUUGGGAAGUGCCUGCAGGAAAAUGGCCAUGGCUGAUAAAAGCCCUGAGGAAAUGCUUUUAGCUAUGACUUCCAGCUUUCAAGUACUCUGUUGCUUAACAGAAGCCUGCAUGCGUUUAGUUAAAGUCAUGAACUCGGAAACACAGCAGCAGGAAAUUAUAGCUAAGAUAGAUGAGGUUGUAAUAAACUACAUUUGUCUUCUGAAGGCUGCAGAAGCAGUGUCAGGCAAGACCUCCAGUGAUCCUAGCAUUAAACUCUUGGCUCGACAUUCGACUACCAUGGCCGCUAUUGUAAGCACACUAACACGUUCUCUUAAAAUGCUUUUAAAUAAAUAA